GAAAGAUCUCCAUAUAUGGCGAUGUUCUCGGCCGGGCGGGCGGGGCCGUCGCCCCCCGGGUAUAAAAGCGCGGGGCUGGGAGCGGACGGUCUCACUCAGCCGGCGGCAGCGGACAGGCGGCACCAUCUUCCCCAGCGCCGAGAGCAGCCUCCCCCGCACAGAGCCUCCGCCAUGGAAGAGGAGAUCGCCGCCCUCGUCAUCGACAACGGCUCCGGGAUGUGUAAGGCCGGUUUCGCCGGGGACGACGCCCCCCGCGCCGUUUUUCCCUCCAUCGUCGGGCGCCCCCGGCACCAGGGCGUGAUGGUGGGCAUGGGGCAGAAGGACAGUUAUGUGGGGGACGAGGCCCAGAGCAAGAGAGGGAUCCUCACCCUGAAGUACCCCCUUGAGCACGGCAUCGUCACCAACUGGGAUGACAUGGAGAAAUCUGGGCACCACACCUUCUACAACGAGCUGCGCGUGGCUCCCGAGGAGCCUGUGCUGCUCACAGAGGCUCCCCUGAACCCCAAGGCUAACAGAGAGAAGAUGACGCAGGAUCAUGUUGAGACCUUCAACACUCCAGCCAUGUACGUGGCUAUCCAGGCUGUGCUGUCCCUGUACGCCUCUGGUCGUACCACUGGUAUUGUUAUGGACUCCGGGGACGGUGUCACCCACACCGUGCCCAUCUACGAGGGUUAUGCUCUGCCCCACGCCAUCCUGCGCCUGGACUUGGCUGGCCGUGACCUGACAGACUACCUCAUGAAGAUCCUGACAGAAAGAGGCUACAGCUUCACCACCACAGCCGAAAGGGAAAUUGUCCGUGACAUAAAGGAAAAGCUCUGCUACGUCGCCCUGGACUUCGAGCAGGAGAUGGCCACUGCUGCCUCUUCCUCCUCCCUGGAGAAGAGCUACGAGCUGCCUGAUGGCCAGGUGAUCACCAUCGGCAACGAGAGGUUCAGGUGUCCAGAAGCUCUCUUCCAGCCCUCCUUCCUGGGCAUGGAGUCCUGCGGCAUUCACGAGACCACUUUCAACUCCAUCAUGAAGUGUGACGUGGACAUCAGGAAGGACCUGUAUGCCAACACGGUCUUGUCCGGUGGCACCACCAUGUACCCUGGCAUCGCCGACAGGAUGCAGAAGGAGAUCACAGCCCUGGCACCCAGCACGAUGAAGAUCAAGAUCAUCGCUCCCCCUGAGCGCAAAUACUCGGUCUGGAUCGGCGGCUCCAUCCUGGCCUCGCUAUCCACCUUCCAGCAGAUGUGGAUUAGCAAGCAGGAGUACGAUGAGUCCGGCCCAUCCAUCGUCCACCGUAAAUGCUUCUAAACGGACUGCUGGCAGGUGCGCUGCGCCUGCUGCAUGAGUUGUCUCACUAGUAUAUGUUUGCCCAGGCAAAUCUAUACACCUCAUGCUAGCCUCAUAAAACUGGAAUAAGCCUUCUUUCAAAAGAAACUUGCCCUUGGAAAGUCUGUACCUGAUGUUAGACGCAUGUCGGGCACUGGGAAUGGUCGAGCUGUCACUUUGAUUUGACCUUGUUAUUCGAGUUAACCGUUCCCUCGGUGUACACCUGAGCGAAAUACCCUGUACAGAUCCGCUCCCGGCCGUGGGGCCGGCCUGGCACCUCGCCGCGGAGGAGAGCCCACGCCUGACCGGGGCUCCCGCAGCUCGCUACACUGACAGUGGCCCGUCUCCCCGCGCCCUGGGCCGGGACCGGUGUGUACAGGGUAUUUGGAGUCAGACUUGCCGUACAUCCAGUGUGGAGUAUUCCAGAUUUCCUGUAGAGGCUGGUAGGAGUCCAUCGAGAAUUCACUUCUGUCGCUGCCGUUCUAGCAAGGUUGGGAAAACAUAUCGCAUCCGAGCCUUACGAACCAGUUCUUCAUUCUCCUCCCACCUGUAUCCCAGUCGACAUCACGGGGCUGAAGUUACUCAACUUGAGUUGCUGAAACUUUGCAUUGACACCUGUAAAUUUACGCAUCGUUUUAAUUUAUGUAAGAUUUUUGUACGUUGCCUUAAUGUUCUCACAUGACGGUAGGAAACCAAAAUUUGUAAGUCAUCCUAAAGUUGAGAAAUUGUAAUGCCCAACAACACAUCAUUGUGUAAGGAAAAUAAAAAAAAAAAAACAUACAAAAA